AUGAAUUAUCCAACCAUCUUUCUCUUAUUUUCUUCCAUUCUAACGUUCAUUUAUGUCGUCGUUUCCGGUUUCCACAACUCACGGCUUCCACCAGGCCCUUACCCUUUUCCUAUCAUCGGAAACAUCUUAAAACUCGGAAACAAACCCCACCGCUCUCUCGCCAUACUCUCUAAACAUUAUGGUCCUUUGAUGUCUCUUAAGCUUGGAAGACGCACAACAAUAGUUGUUUCAUCACCCGAUCUUGCCAAGCAGUUCUUUCACACACAUGAUAUAUCGUUUUCUAGCAGAACGAUUCUGGACAGUAUUCGUGCAGUUGAUCAUGACAAGUACUCCAUUGCAUGGCUGCCAGUAGGAGAUCAGUGGCGUAGACUACGAAGAAUUACUAAUGAAUAUAUGUUCUCCGCGCAAUGUCUAGAUGGUAGCCAACUACUACGUAGGGAGAAGGUACAAGAACUUGUAGAUUACGUAGAUGGAUGUUCUACUAAUGAAAAAACUGUCGACAUAGGUGUAGCUGCCUUUACAACAAUUCUUAAUGUUCUCUCCAAAUUCAUAUUCUCUAUGGAUUUCGCUCAAUAUGAUACUAUGUCAUCCCAAGAGUUUAGGGAAGCAGUGAUGGCUUUGUUGGAAUUAGCUGCGAAACCAAAUAUAGCUGACUUUUUUCCAAUACUAAGGCCGUUGGAUCCACAAGGAUUAGUACGGCUAGGAAAUUUUUAUGGUAAGAAGUUGUUGAAUCUUAUCGAUGGGAUCAUUGACCAACGAUUGCAAUCAAGAUCGAGUUUAGCAACAAACGACGAUGUUUUGGAUACGUUGCUUAACCUCUUCCACAAAGAUGAAUCAGUAUUUAGUCUAGAUGACAUGGGACAUUUGUUCUACGAUAUAUUAAUCGCUGGAACUGAUACGACAUCAAACACGUUGGAAUGGGCAAUGGCUGAGCUUAUCCAUAACCCAGAGAAAAUGAAAACGGCUCGGGCAGAAAUCAAUCGUCUCAUGCAAAACAACAAUGGAAAUAUACAAGAAAUGCAUAUCUCUCAACUUCCUUAUCUGCAAGCAGUAAUAAAAGAAAUUCUCCGACUACACCCACCAGCCCCUGUUCUUCUUCCUCACCGAGCCAUACAAGAUGUAGAAGUGAAAGGUUUCAUUGUGCCUAAAAAUGCACUAAUCCUUUGUAAUGUUUGGGCUAUGGGGAGAGACCCUAACAUUUGGUUAGACCCGGAAAGGUUCAUGCCAGAAAGGUUUAUGGAAGUGAAUAUCGACUAUAGAGGUCAAGAUUAUGAGUUUAUUCCAUUUGGUUCUGGAAGGAGGAUAUGUCCGGGAUUAAAUUUUGCUCAUAGGAUGUUGCAUUUAAUGUUGGCGUCUUUGAUUCAAAAGUUUGAAUGGAAACUCGAAGGAAAUAUUAGAGCACAAGAUAUGGAUAUGGAGGAGAAGUUUGGGCUCACAUUGCCCAGAAAAGUACCACUCGUGGUCAUUCCAAUAAAAGUACUUUGA